CUAUUACUUCUCAUCUCUUCUUCUUAUUCUCAUUUCUGAUUCUGAAUCCAACUUCUCUUCUUUUCUCAUUCCCUCGUUUCCCUCUUUGCUACUUCUAGAUCUAGAAUUAAUGUUCGACAACUCAUUCUUGUUUCGAGGAUGCAGCGAGCAAUCCUUGAGAGCGAUGAGAGAUUCUGCUUGGCGGCGAUUCUGUUGUCGUUCGAUUUCAAGAAUCAGAGUAGAGGUUUGGCCGGAUCCUUGAGAGCGAUGAGCGAUUCUGCUUGGCGGCGAUUCUGUUGUCGUUCGAUUUCAAGAAUCAGAGUAGAGCUUUUGCCGGUUCCGGCGAAGCGAGAUGGUGCGAGCUGUUGCUUCUCCCCCGACGCUGCCGUUCAUCAUCGAGCUCAAUAGCUCCUCCGAACCACCUAACGCUUCUCCAUGGAUUCUCUCACGAAUCCGUCGAAUGCUACGGCGAGCACACCGACGAUGUCGUUGGACGCGACCGAAAUCUGGUUCAGCUCCCAGUAGUCGUAAUUGUCUAGCCACUUACUCGAUCUCCUAGCCGGCCGAGCACAGCGACGACAUCGUCGCCAGAGACGGGGACUUGCGGCGUCAGAUCCUCUCAAAUCCGAACUAAGUUCUGAAUGCACCAAUCCUGAAUCAUCCUCCUUAGCAUGUGGUUGGCCGUCUGAUCCGAGGAUGGGACCUUAGCUGAGACUAGUGAAGUGAAUCACCGAGUGUCGUAAUCUGUUGCCUGAAUUCGAGGUGAUUUGGAUGGAUUGCUUCCUUUUUGUUUUCAUUUUACUUUCUGUGGGUGAAAGCGUUUCAAGAGUUAAAUUCAUUUUUGUUAUUUAGGUUACUUUGUAAGCUAUCCAGCAUGAGCCAAUUACCAUGAAACGAACCAUGUUAAUUGAAAUUGGUCAAGCUCUUUCUUCUCCAUCGCCAUUUUUAUGCUGCAUUUUGCCUCUGCAUUGUCUCUUUGCUUAUCAAGAACGUUUGGAACUGUAGGCAGUACAAAAGAGUACUGGAAGAGACAGGAUAGAAACCAGUAAGCCUAAUUGAAAUUGGUAAAGCUCUUUCUUCUCCAUCACCAUUUUUAUGCUGCGGUUUCCAGGUCUUUCUUCUCUAGAGUUGCAAUUCAUGCUUUCUUGACUUAGUUGGUUUCUGUGUAAUUGUGAGUGAAGUGCACCAAAUAGGUUAUAGUGUACUGGUUUCACAAAAUUUAGAGGCAAUUACCACUACAUCAGCUCUUUAGAUUACUCUAGAAAUGGUGAGUCAUCAGUCUAUACUUAACUUUUGCUUAUGCUAUGUUACCCACAUUGACAGUCUUUCUCUUUCUAGAAAAGACCGAACUCUGGUGAUGAUGUGAUCGACUCACUUUGUACAAAAUAGCUUAUUAUUCUGAAGCUAAGACACAUUGAGAAUGUUUUGAUACUAUCCGAUUAUCAUAUCUGCAGGAUGGAUUACCUGGGGUUUGUGCACUUUGUGUUGUUUCAGAAGAACCCCCUUGUCUCUCUUUGGCUUUCGUUUUUUUUUUUUUUUUUUUUUGUAGGCAUAGGAGCUGAAAUUUCUCUCUUGCAUGCCUGUUGAUGAUAGUUAUUAUUAUUAUUUUUUUUUAUAGCUUGAGAUCACUAUAACAAUGUGGUUUCUUUCUUCUGCUUUGGAUACAGUUGUGCCUCGGAGACUGUUUUUCUAAAAAUGACUGAAACAAGAAGUAUCAAUCAGUUCCCUGAGACACCCAACGGUGAUGCUUUGAACCUCCCCAUUCUCCAUCUAAUUAUGCAUUUCAUUAUGAAAUCGGAAGCUUAGAGAAGCUAGACAGAAGCAGUUCUUCAUUUCGUAUGAUGUUUGGGUUCUAAGUGUUUGGAUUUGAUUGAUUUGGAUUUUAAGGAAUUAUUCUUACUCCUUUUGGUUGUUGCUAAUCAGUAGAUGGUUCAUGUAUAUGGUACUGGUUAGUUAUAUUGAUGAUCUUCUUGAAGCUAAAACAAAGGUAUUGGAUCUAAUAAGUGCAUUUUAAAUGCUCUUUGGGGAAGGUGAUUUUCACAAUUGAGAUCAUGACCAGAAUUAUGCCUUCCUUUUUGACCUAGAGAAUGGAUAGUGUAAUGCUAAUGUUGGAUGCCAAUACUGCUGCAAGAAUAAUUGAUGGUCAACUAUUCUUGAAUGAUACCUUAACAAGCAAAAUUUUUGUUCUCCGUUAUAUAAGAUUUGAUAAUAGGAGAGUUAAGAGCUCAUUUUGGAUCUUAUUCACAUUUCAGCAAUUCAUAAUUUCCUUUGAUUUUCUGUGUUCUGAAGUAGUGAUUUUGUUGAACACAAAAGUUGAUGUUGCUAAUGCAGUUAUUGAAGAAUUUUUUUUUUACAUGGAGGUUACUUGGGCUGAUUCUAGUUUUAGUCCUGCUAGCUAUUUCUCUCUUUGUUAACAUAUGGCUAUUGUCUUUAAGUCUAUGCAGCUAUCUUCACCUUUUCAAGAGAUCUGGAAUCUGGAAGUUUGUUUGUGUUUGUUCAUGUACACGCCAGGAGGAGUAAAGACGGGGAUUGUGUUUGUUCAUGUACACACCAGGAGGAGUAAUGGUGGGGAUUUAUGAUUUCUUUGUCUAUGCUUAUUGAUCGUAUGAGUGAUGAACCAAAUGGAUGAUGAAGUCAUAUCCUUAGAGUAGCUAGCUACAUGAUUACCUAGUAGUACUGUUUGGGUCAAUUAAGUUAAAUGCCAUAAUUUGUCAAAGAUGUUCAAGACUGGAUCUGAUUUUGUUCUAUCUUACGUUAGUUUUGUUGCUACUCUGUUGUAAGAUAAUUUGAACUCCAUGAAAUUGGCAGUAUGCGGCAGAUUCUACGAGUGAAGCUGUUAAUUUACUGUUGUUGUGAUUCAUUCAGUCUUAUCAGAGCUUGUUUGAUGAGCAACUGUUGCUGUGAAUGUGAUGUUAUAACCCUCAGCUCCAGUUGCCAGGUUUGGUCCUUUUUCUAUAUAAUUACUGUGGUUUUAUUGCAUAAUUGCUGAAGGUUUAUCCGUGUCUUAUGCUUCUUUUGUUUUUGGUUUCUUUCUCCUUCACUUAUGCCUUCACUGAAAUCAUGUUGAUGUUCACAUAACCAUCAUGUAUAUCUAUUUGUGGUUAUUCUUUUAUGCUUUUGAUUCUGGUUUGUUUCGAAAUCCUUGAGAGAUUGCCCUGUUUUUUCAAGACAAGGAUUUGAAUUUAUAUACUAAUCCACAUUCACCAUUUCCUUUCUUUAAGUUUUCUUUUUCCACUCCAUGCUAUACCUUGGUCUAAUAGUAUGACAUUUUGGUAUCAUUGAUUAAAUAUGAGGAUGUGCGUUUUAACUAUGAGUGUAUAGUUCCCACAGUUAAAGAAAUUUUUCAUUGCAUUAGGGCUCUGCACCAUUAGGCCCCAUAUAAUUAGGAAGCCUCUGUAGCCCUGUUAUGCAGGCUGGAAAUUGGAUAUACGUAUUGAAUGAGUGUCUAGAUGCUUGAGCUAGCUAGUUCAUUCUCAUUUCUGAGUGUCUUUUCAUCUGUGCUACUAGAAGUAGAAAUGCUUAUGCUCCCUGGCAUGUUGCAGGAAUUGAAAUGCCUUGCCCAAGCACCAAGUUAAUUUCCAAAUGGAGACGUUAAGGUUAAAACCCUAGCUAUGAGUGCUGAUGUCGGUGACAAAUAAAUGUCUUCUUCUUUCAGUUAUGUAUCUUCUUCUUAUUUCAGUUCUGUAUCUUUUAUUUUACUUUCUUUCCUUUUGUUUCUUCUCUGCAUGUUACCUUACAUCAGCAGCAGGAGGGAACUUAAAGUGGAAGUGAACUUGAGACUUGAGAGGAUGAUAGCCCUUGAAGUUGUGAUACAUCAUCAUUCAACACUGGGGUUACUUUGGUGAGAUUCUACCAAGGAAACAAUUAUGUAAUUGUAUUACUAUUUUUUUUUUUUUUUUGCUAUAUGAAAUAAUUUCUUAUUAUAGUC